AUGAGGUCGCCAACUCCCCAGCAACACUGGAACGAGCCGCUGGCUCGGGUGAUGGACAUCAUUCUGAACUGCACGAUUCGCUUCAAGACCGCUGCAGAGGUGGGGAAGCGAGCGGUUUUUUACUGCCGAGGCGAAGACCUGUUUGCGUGGAUGAUGGACAACCGCGAAAUGCUGCAGAAGAAGCAUGCAGACGCUCUGGACGGCCAGUUGCUGACGACGGAGGCCGAGGUUGUCGAGUUUUGCGACAAACUGAUUCGCUUCGGAUUCAUGUACAGAGCGCAGUACAAACCGAUCGACGGCGUCAUUGAGCAGGACGAGGAAGGACGUUUCAAACGCCCCAAGUGGCCAAAGCGCCUCGCCAUGACGCCCAAGCAGAACUUCGAUCCCCAGGCAUUCUACGUCGUCGUUUACGAAGGCUCGAAGUCCUGGCAGCACUUCAUUCUCUUUUGCAUCAUUGCCGCCGUUCUGUGCGUCUGCAUGUUCCCUGCGUGGCCGCUAAAGCUGAAGGUCGCCGUCUGGUACCUGUCCGUCGUUCUGCUGACUCUCAUCCUCGUGCUGGUCUUCGUCCGUCUGGUUCUCUUCGUCUUCUUCUGGUUCUUCGGCUUCCAGUUCUGGCUCCUACCUAAUCUGUUCAACGAAGACGCAGGCAUCAUCGACAGUUUCCUGCCGUGGAUGGAGUGGCAGCGCAGCGAAGACGACUGGGCCAUGUUCGCCGCUCGAAUCUUCUGCGCGAUCCUCACCGCAGGGACGUUGUACAAACUCAGCGAGACGCACACGCCCGCCAGCGUGGCGAACUUUGCGAAGCAGUCUUUCCUGGACGUCCUCGACUGGGGCCACCAACGCCUGGCAGCGCCGCCUGGAGGCUACUCCAAGUACGCGUCCAUCACCGACAAGCAGGAGGGUGCGCAGGGCACAGAAGAAGAGGGAGAAGGGAACGAGGAAAACGGCGAGGCGAAGGCAGAUGAAGACGAAUAUUCGUGUCUGAAGCCGUGCGGCUUUGCCUCGUUCGAGCACCUCAUGCAGGCUCGAUGUCUCGUGAAAUGCAAAUGUGUCGGGGAUUUGCUCGAGUCCAAGUGCUUCCCGAAGUGCCCCGAGGCGACGCAGGCCGCGUUGCGCGAGGCAGCUCGAGACGCCUGUGAAGAAGAACAGAAAAGGAAGAAGAAGCGACACUAA